AUGUUUGUUGAUCAAUUGGAACACCAAUUGGAAGAGGAGAGAAAACAAGAACAAAAGAAAAAGAAAGAAUUGGAUGAUCAAGAAUGGAAGAGAAAGGAACAACAAUAUCAAUCUGAUCUUCAAUUGGAAAAAGAGAAACAAUCUGCAUUAGAGUUGGAACGUGAACGUGAAAUUCAAUCAAUUCUUGAAUCAGAGAAACAACGUCAACAACAAGUUGAACUUGAAAUUCAACAAGAAAAAGAAAGAACCAAACAAUUACAACAACAAUGGGAACAAGAGAAAUUGAAAUUGGAAGAGGAAAGAAAAGAAUUGGAAAAUAAAAAAUCAUUGGAAAUGGCUCAAAAGAAACAAGAACUAUUAGAGUUAAAUAAAAAGAUUGAACAAGAACAACGUGAUCUAGAAGAACGUAUUCAAAAAGAACAAAAAGAAAAAGAUCAAAGAGAAAAACAAGAUCAAUUGGCUCAAAUGGAAUUAGAAAGAGAAAGAGAAAGAGAAAAAGAAGAAAAAAAGAGAAAACAACAACAAUUGGCUCAAUUAGAAAAAGAAGAAAGAGAAAGAAAUGAAAAACUUGAAAAAGAUAGACAAUUACAAUUAGAACAAGAAAUUGAAAAAGAAAGAAAAUUAAAACAACAACAAAAAGAAAAAGAACAAAAAGAACAAAAAGAAAAAAGAGAACAAAGAGAAAAAGAAGAACAAAAAUCAAAAGAGAAAAACAAGAUCAAUUGGCUCAAAUGGAAUUAG